AUGGAGAAUGAAGUAAAACAGGAGAUUGAAAGGGUUGAGGGUGAUUUUUCGUCACAUUCUACAUUCGACGAUAGCGAUGCCGACCCAGAAUUUUUUCCAGAUAGAUCGUCGUCAGACUCAGAAAUAGAGAUCUGUAAAUUUAAGAAGAAAAUUACGGUUUUGCAGAAUAUUCGAGUGCAAAAUUCAGAGGAAUCUCAACCAGACUCUGACGAAACCACGGAUACAAAAAUAAACACAAUUAAAGCGUUGAGAAAUACAAAAGAAAAUAAAAAAUAUACUAGGAAAAAGGACUUGUGCUUCUUUUGCGAAAGCGAUGUUCAAAAUUUUCAUCGACAUAUCGAAAGGAAUCACCCGUAUGAAUUAGAAGUAUUGCAAAUUGUUUCCAAACCUAAAAAGAGUGAGGAAAGGAGAAAACUUUUAGCCCUAUUAAAAAAGAAGGGCAAUUUUAUUAAAAAUUCCGAAGCUUGUGUCAAACCGAUGAAAGAAGCACGGGAGCCAAAGAACUCAUUUUUGCCAUGCACAAACUGCUGCAUUGCACCAAAGCACUACGAUAAACUGGUGGAAGCUACAAAAUCUGUAGCAAGAUUUGAUAGCAUUAAGGAAGUGUUUGUAGCGCCCACAUAUGCUAUGAAUAUUUCCACAUCUCUGAGACAGUGUUGCGAUAUUGCAACUUAUAUGACCAUAAAAAGUGAACCAUCAGUUGAAACGGCAAAUAUUGAAUCUCGAUUAAAAACGAUGGUAAAUUUAUUAGCAUCUAACUGGCGAUUUGAUAUAUCGAGUCGAGCUGGCAAUGAUCUAAACAUCAGUAAAUUUAAUAAAAUAACAAUUGUUCCCCUAGCGUCUGAUCUAAAACUUCUAAAAGAAUACUUAAUGUCUACUGCAAAAGAAGCUGCCAAUUUACUCUCUGCAAAUGCAAUGAAUGUCAAUGCCUUCUUAAUUUUGAUGGAGACAGUGUAUUGUAGAAUUAUUUUAUUGAAUAGAAGGAGACCAGGAGAAUUACAGCGGUUAUUAAAGGAUACUUACGUUGCUUCAGAAAAAUCAUCCAACUCUUACGAAGAAUUUAGUGAAGUUAUGUCGAAAGCAGAAAAAAAUUUGUUACAACACUUUAAAAGAAUAGUGAUUAGAGGAAAGAGGGGAAGAGGAGUGCCAGUCAUAUUUAGUCACGAUGUGCAGGUACAUAUUGAUCAACUACUACAGGCGAGAUCAAAUUUCGUCAAUGACAACAACCGCUACCUUUUUGCAAACCCAAACACGAAUACUCCAAUAUGUGGCUACAAAGUUGUUGCAAAAUAUGCUAAAGGUUGUGGCGCUAAGAAUCUUGAAGCUAUAACAUGUACAAGGCUACGAAAACAUCUUGCAACGCUAACACAAUUAUUCAAUCGAACCGAAAAUGAAAUUGAACAACUGUCAAAUUUCAUGGGCCAUACAUCCAACACAGCAAAGAUAUCCAAGCUUCUUCUUUUAAUGGAAAAAGGAGAGGCAGGUGUUCAUAAGGGGAAAAGAUUGGCCGAAAUUACAAUUGAUUUAGUAGAAAAUCUUUCAAAUGAAAAAACUAGUGAAGAUGAAGAUCUAGAAACUUCGACGAAAACAAGUAGGAAAACGGAAAAAGAAACAAAAGAUAUGGAUCAAAUCGAAGAAUUAAUCCAGGACGUAAAAAAACAGAAGGAAAAAGCAUUAGUUUAG